AUGGAUCAUGAAUCCAGAUUUAGAAAGCAGAAACAACAGACCAUUUUUCAUGAUGUGAUUGACCUUGAAGGUGAAACAGCUCGUAAAAGAAUAAACAAGGGGAAGGCAGUGGUUCCACCAUUUUUCACUGAUGAAACUCUGAAGAAACUUCAAAGUUUUGAACAAUUUGACAUUGUCAUUGACACUUCUGACCAUCACUAUGUUAAAAAUAAUAAAUCCAUGAAGCGAAAUUCAAAGAGUUGGGCUAAAAAAAUCCAGGAAGAGUGGAAGAUUUUGGCGAAGCAUUUGCCAAAAACAAUAUUUGUGAGAGUCUUCGAAUCAAGGAUGGAUCUCUUGAGGGCUGUUAUUAUUGGAGCAGAAGGGACUCCUUACCAUGACGGUCUUUUCUUUUUCGAUGUUUUCUUUCCCAGUGGCUAUCCCAAUGUACCCCCGCUAGUCUACUAUGACUCUAGAGGUCUUAGGCUCAACCCGAAUUUGUAUAAGAAUGGCUAUGUAUGUCUUAGUCUACUUAACACUUGGAGUGGCCGCCGGAAUGAGAAAUGGACUCCUGGUUAUUCAACAAUUCUACAGGUUCUAGUCUCCAUACAAGGUCUAAUCUUGAAUGCAAAGCCAUUCUUUAAUGAACCUGGAUAUGCAAUUAUGAGUGGCACACGAAUUGGUGAAUCAUGGUCUCGAAAGUAUAAUGAAGAUACAUUCAUUCUAUCAGUGAGGACAAUGAUGUAUACGAUGAGAAACCCUCCAAAGAAUUUUGAAGAUCUUGUUGUGGGACAUUUCUACAGCCGAGCACAUGAUAUUCUAGCAUCAUGUAAAGCGUACGUGGAAGGUGUUCAAGUUGGUUGUUUUGUGAAAGGUGGGGAUGUUGAUAAUGGUGGACGAAAAAGCUCUGAUAAUUUUAAGGCUAGUUUACUUGGAUAUGUCAAGCUACUUGUCCAAGAUUUUGAAAAAAUUGGAGUUAAGGAUUGCCAGAAAUUCGUUUUUCCGACUUCUCAGGAACCAACUCCUUUGAAAAAUCCUUAUAAUUUCAAUGGCCCUCAUGAGCACGCGCAUCCUCAUGGAUUAGAAUCCGGAAACUCUUGGUUGAAGAGUUCUAAUAAUUUCAAUGCCCCUCCACGGAACACACAUAACGGAGCGUCUGUGGUCUCCCCAGGUUUGACGACAAUCACUGAUGGACCCGAAAAUGAAACUCUAAGGAAACUUCAAAGUUUUAAGCAAUUUGACAUUGUCGUUGACACUUCCGAUCAUCACUUCGUUAACAAUAAUUCAUUGGUGCCACAAGAUGAGUGGAAGAUUUUGGAGAAGCAUUUGCCGGUCUUCGAAUCAAGGAUUGAUCUCUUGAGGGCUGUAAUUAUUGGAGCAGAAGGGACUCCUUACCACGACGGUCUUUUCUUUUUCGACAUUCUCUUUCCCAUUGGCUAUCCCAAUGUACCCCCGCAAGUCCACUAUCAUGCUGGAGGUCUUCGGCUUAACCCGAAUUUGUAUGGGAAUGGCAAAGUAUGUCUCAGUCUACUCAACACCUGGCCUGGCAACGUGAAUGAGAUGUGGACUCCAGGUGUUUCAACAAUGCUACAGGUUCUAGUCUCCAUACAAGGUCUAAUCUUGAAUUCAAAGCCUUACUUUAAUGAACCUGGAUGUGCAAGUAAGAGUGGCACACAAAAUGGUGAAGCGAAGUCCCUGAAGUAUAAUGAGAAAACAUUCAUUCUAUCAUUGAGGACAAUGAUGUAUACGAUAAAAAAGCCUCCAAGGAAUUUUGAAGAACUUGUUGUCGGGCAUUUCUACAGCCGAGCACAUGAUAUUCUGGCGUCAUGUAAAGCGUACAUGGAAGGUGUUCAAGUUGGUUGUUUUGUGAAAGGUGGGCUUCGAGAUGUUGAUAAGGGUGGACAAAAAUGUUCAGAUAAAUUUAAGGCUGAUUUAGUUGGAUAUGUCAAUCUUCUUGUCCAAGAUUUUGAGAAACUUGGAGUUAAGGACUGCCAGAAAUUAAUUUCUACGACUUAUCCAAAACCGCGUACUGCUGGUGGCAGAUUCGCUUAACUACAUGAGUGUGAUCAAGGAACAUUCUUUUUGAAAACCCAAUUUUGAGACUAUGAUA